AUGACAGAGUCAGAUGACCUAGACAAAUCAUCCGGAGAAACAGAAAGUAACUGUAAAUUCUUCACUUACGAAAAAGAGAGAGCAGAACACUUGAAAUUAAGGAUUGACAAUUUGUUGCAGUUUUGCGAAGACACAGAAAUGUCAGAGCACAAUAGGGCUCUGUUUGCUAGUCAGAUAAUACCAGUCACGAAACGCAUUUUAGAUGCCAUUGAUGAUCUGUUUAAAGAGGAAGUCGAUUCCAUGGAAAAAGAUGCGAGAAAGGACAGGAUUUUAAGGGUAACCAGUUCAUGUAAACAUGGUCUUGAAGUUCUCGGAGAUCUCUGCCUUCCACCUGUAAAGCCACGAUGGGCUGACCUUACAGAUGCUGGUCCGGGCGUGGGAGUUUCCAACUACGAAGUUAGAUUUCGAGACGCCGAGUUAGCAAGGGUUCACAAUUCCGAUUAUAGAGUGCGAUGUCAUCGUUCGAGGGGCGACAGCGGGCAAGGUGAAGCCGAAAGGACAAACUCGGCAAUUUCUGAUGCUCUUGUGGAUGGCGCAACUCUAGAGUGGGAAAAAUAUAGGAGAUUUGAGGAUCUUUCAGAAGAGGAAAUCAAACAACUGUCUCUCCAGUCAUACGAAGAGUACGAAAAGAAACGGAUGGAGAAAAAUGCCUGGUAUGUCUGUAGUCAGGUAGCCGAGAGAAUUGAUGAUGCCCCUGUCCUUAAAGAUUACAUCAAGAGCAAAGUAAGCGAGUCCCCUGAUGAAUUAUUCUUUUUCAAUUCUGUUUACCUCGACAACUAUCGGGGUGCAUCAGAACGAAACAAAGAGCAAGCGCCCGGUGCAGCAUACUUCCGAAAGAUCGAAUCGUUUAUGGAAGACCACUAUAUUCGUGGAGAACUUUUUAUGGAAUUCUGUCGUGAUGCCUGUAAAGAGUCAAGAGAAGAAAGUUCCAAUCUCUGUUCCUGGUGUUCUAACAAUAGAUGGGUCGGUCCAGAAACGGAAAGAAUUCCGCAACCUGUACCAGAUUCAAACAAUCCUGGACAUUUCAUGGAUAUCUAUCAGACGGAAUCGACGGGCAGGACACCAGAUGAUUACCUUCCAAGAAAAUGUAUUAAAGAUCUGUACGAGGAACAUUCUGACUGUAUCAGAAACGAUCAGGAUACCAUGAAGAGCUUCUGCUCAAAAUAUAAUGUGGAAGAGAAGCACGUCAUUGCAUAUGUUAAUCAUUUGAAGGAUAUUGAGAUCCGAAAGGACAUCAGAACAAGAGCAGCUCAGGAGCGAAGAAGGCAAGAGGCCGAACGAACGUACAAGGACUUUCAAUGGGAUAACCUCAUUGAGGGUGGCAAAGUUGAAAAGUUGCGGGUAAGAGAACUAGACCUGUAUCUCAACAAGCAUGGUUUGACGACUGUGGGUCGGAAACUUGACAAAGUGAAGGCCAUUCGAUGUCACUAUUACCGACAGAAUAAAGAGACUGUGAUAACAGAAGAACUGUCGAGUGAUGAAGAUGACGUGGAAUCCGAGGAUGAAGAAUCCGAAAGUGGAGAGGCAGAGAGCGACGCUGACUAUGUUUUCGUGGAUUUGGAUGAACAGCCUGAGAUUGGCACUUCCUCGACAAUUCAGUUCGUAUCUGACGAGCAAAUAUUUACCGUUGUGGUUCAAGGUCCAUGA